UCGCGCUCUCACCACCAAAACUGCCUCCUUUUUUUGUCCUUUCUCUCUCUCGCUCGCUCGCUCCCAUGGCGAUGGCCGCUAUUGGCCUCCACCAGCAGCUCCUUUGCUGCCCAGGGUCACGAGCCUUGUCCUCCUAUAGACCUUGUCUCAGAUCCCAAAAGAGUCGUCUCGUCCUCGUGGCCUCCUCCUCCUCUCCGCCGUCUCCCUCCUCGGAAACCAGCGCUCAGACCGCCGAGUCUUGUGUCAACUUGGGCCUUUCCCUUUUCUCCAAAGGAAGGGUAAAGGAUGCUCUCAUGCAGUUUGAAAAUGCACUUUCUUUGAAUCCAAAACCCAUUGAAGCUCAAGCAGCACUGUAUAACAAAGCCUGCUGCCAUGCAUACAGAGGGGAAGGUAGGAAAGCUGCAGAAUGUUUGCGAACUGCUUUGCGAGAUUACAAUCUCAAGUUCGGCACUAUUCUCAACGAUCCUGACUUAGCCUCAUUUAGAGCUUUGCCGGAAUUUAAGGAAUUACAGGAAGAGGCCAGGCUGGGAGGUGAAGAUAUAGGAUAUGGAUUUCGAAGAGACCUCAAACUUAUUAGUGAAGUUCAGGCACCAUUUCGUGGUGUUAGAAGAUUCUUCUAUGUGGCACUUACAGCUGCUGCAGGAAUUUCAAUGUUUUUUACUGUUCCCAGACUCCUUCGUGCAAUUAAAGGUGGUGAUGAUGCUCCUGAUAUCUGGGAGACUGCUGGAAAUGCUGCCAUUAACAUUGGAGGCAUCAUUGUUCUUGUGGCAUUGUUCAUCUGGGACAAUAGAAAAGAAGAGGAACAGAUUGCUCAGAUUUCACGAGAUGAGACUCUCUCGAGAUUGCCUGUGCGCCUUUCAACCAAUAGGAUUGUUGAACUCGUGCAACUCCGAGACACUGCUAGGCCAGUUAUUCUGGCAGGGAAUAAGGAGACAGUGUCUAGAGCUAUUGAAAAGGCUGAGAGAUUCCGAACUGAACUGCUUAAACGGGGUGUUCUUCUGAUUCCUGUUAUCUGGGGUGACUACAGACGAACUUCUGUUGAGAAAAAAGGCUUUGGUCUUCCUUCAAAAGCUGCUGCCUCUGUUCCUUCUAUUGGGGAGGACUUUGAAAAGCGAACUCAAUCUAUAGUUGCAAAAACACGCCUGAAAUCUGAAGUGCGCUUCAAAGCUGAGAUUGUAUCACCUAAUGAAUGGCAAAGGUGGAUACGUGAUCAACAAAAAUCAGAGGGUGUUACUCCUGGUGAUGAUGUUUACAUAAUUCUACGUCUAGAUGGCCGUGUUCGAAGAUCAGGAAAGGGCAUGCCUGAUUGGCAACAGAUUGUCAAGGAGCUGCCCCCACUGGAAGAUCUGCUCAGCAAACUAGAAAGAUGAAUUAUAUACACAAUUGAGGAACCACACAUGUUGGAAACAUACAUUCCCGGUACCAUGCCUUGCCAGUGAAUACUCAUCUGCCAUCUCUCAUCAGAAGCUCCUCAUUUUGUGACAUAUUUAAUCAUCAUUCUUGUAUUCAACUUCUUGAGCAGUCAUAUCAUAAUGACAAUUCAACCCAAAUUUUUAGAUUUUCAUAUGAUCCUAGUCUCAGAUAGCUUUAGUUCUUUUAAGUUAUGGAUAGAUUUAGAUCUGUACAAUCAAAUAGAUGAGAUAAAUGGAUUGAGAGAUAACUGCUAUGCAGUUUUACUGAUCGGAAAUUGAAAACAUCCUAGUGGUGUGUAAGCAGUACUUUAUUUUGUUUUCUUUUUCAAUGGGAGAAAAAGUUAAUGGAGCAGGCAAUUAAGAUGA